AUCAUUCCGCUUGAUGGUGCACAGGAAACACCAAUAUGAAACAGAAUCGCUCAACCGACAAGCGGGAAAUGGAAAUACUCAAACGUACCGUCUGCCGGCUCAAGCCGGUCCGCAGGUUCUGGGCCGCUGGAUCACAUUUCUUCCUACAGCUAGUGCUUUGCCUUUGCUUUACCGCAUCGCUGGUCAGCUGCAACCGUGCACCGGUGUUUCUGAUCGACGAUCAUGCCGAAAUAGUCAUAAGAUUGAAGGAGUUCCCCGAGACGCCCGUCGGCACACUGAUCUAUCGGCUGCGGGGCUACGAUGCGGACGGUGAUCCGCUAACCUUUGGCGUGCAGAAAAGUGCCGACAGCCACAUCAUAAGACUGAAACAGAACGCCUCGAACGAAGCGUUCAUCUACCUCAACCAUGAGCUCGAUCGUGAAGCACGAGAAGAAUACACGCUCAUACUAACGCUCACCGAUGGACGGCUGGGUGAGGGCAACUUUGUGACGCAAAGCUUUCUGCUGCUGGUGGAGGACAUUAACGAUAAUGAGCCAAUCUUUAAACCGUUUGCCUCGGUGCUGGAGGUGGCCGAGGAUAGUCCACCGGGAAUUCUAACAACGCUCGAAGCGGUCGACAAAGACGAAGGAGCGUACGGACAGGUGGUGUACUACAUACAGGGAUUGCGUGAGGAGAACAACGUGUUUUCGAUCUCAACCACCAACGGGAAGGGUGUGGUACGGCUGACGCGAGCAUUAGACUACGAGCGGCAGCAUUUCUAUCACAUCAAUGUGCUGGCAGUUGAUCGCGCUAUACAGGGAAGAAUCAAUACUGGAACCGCUGCUUUGCUGGUAAGGGUGAAGGAUGUCGAGGAUCAACCGCCAGAGUUUCUAGUGACCCAACCAGUGGUACGCAUAUCUGAAGAUGCACCUAUCGGAACGGAAGUCAUGCGAGUCAAAGCUGUAGACGGCGAUCGGGGUAUCAACAAUCGAAUACUGUAUGAAAUUGCAAACAAUGCCAGUGAGCUAUUUGAGAUUGAUCGAUUCAAAGGCUCGCUAAGAACGAAGCAGAGGCUGGACAGGGAAGAUCCGAAAAAUCCCAUCAAUGGGGCUUUCAUACUGGAAGUAGUGGCCACCGAGGAGAGCAAACUGCAGCCCGCACCUUCUUCGACCAUGGAGAUCACAGUGAUCGUGACAGAUGUGAAUGAUGAGAUUCCACGCUUCCGCAGCGAUGGCUAUGAGUGUGAAAUUGGUGAAAAUGCUCAGGAAAACACACUGGCUAGGUUUAUUGAUGGCAGUAUCAAUGAAGUAUACGACUAUGAUCAGGGUAAAAAUGGCACGUUCCGGCUAUUGCUGGAUCCACCCAGCGAUAUCUUUGAGGUGAUUCCGAAGCGAGCAAUCAACGAGGCAACCUUUGGGUUGCGUGUUAAGGACCCGGCACUGCUCGAUUAUGAGCGUGUGCGUGAACUUACUUUAACGGUCGUGGCAAGUGAGAUCGAGACAGCUGGCCGCAGUAGUACGGCCCAGGUACGCGUGGUGAUAUUAGAUCAGAACGAUAACUUUCCCGAGUUUGUAGAGUCAGUGUAUGAAAUUGAUGUACCGGAAAAUGUGACAGCAGGUACGGUGUUGGUACAGGUUCAAGCAAUGGACGGUGACUCAGGUGUCUUCGGCACUGCAGGCAUACGAUACACGAACCUUACGGGUAGUAUCUCUAGCUUUCUACAUCUUGAUCCACGUACCGGCACCAUCACACUAAUGGCAUCCGACGGUGAUCCAGUAUUUGAUCGUGAAAUUGUCCAAAAGCACUACCUCACUGUGGAGGCGCGUGAUAAUGAAGGACGUGGCAAUCGGAAUACGGUGCCGCUUAUACUUAACGUGCGCGAUGUGAAUGAUAAUGCGCCAACUUUUGUGCAGAAGCGAUAUGAGGUACGUUUGAAAGAGAAUGCGUUCGAAUUUGAAUCUCCUAUCGCAGUUGAGGCACGUGAUAACGAUCUGGAAGGUUCACCCAACAGUGCGGUAGCGUAUCGGAUCGUAAGCACACAUCAUGCAGAAUAUUUCCACAUCGAUCGUCGUACGGGUAGAUUGUCCGUGCGAGAAGCCCUUGACUUCGAACGGUUGGAGAGUGGUGUCGGUGGUGGUGGUGACACACGGACUAUUACACUGCACGUUGAGGCAUCCGAUGGCGGCGAACCAGCGCUGACAGCUGAGGUUGAGGUAAUGGUGUACGUACAGGACGUGAAUGACUACGCACCCGUGUUUCUCGAGGCACAGUAUUCGAUUGUUAUCCCGGAGGAUACACCCAGCGGUCUGCCUGUGUUGAGAGUGACUGCGAUGGAUGGGGACGGCUCAUUUCCCAACAAUCUCGUCACCUAUCGGUUCCAACAGGGUUCGGAUGGUAGAUUUGUGAUAGGAGCAAGCACGGGCGAGAUAUCGGUCACGCAUGGGGCUUCGCUUGAUCCGAAUCUUCUCGGUCCGGAUGAGCAGGGAGCUGGGUCGACGUAUGUGCUGGAAGUGAUCGCUACGGACGGUGGCAAUGGAGAUCAGCAAUUGCAAGGAUCCUGUCUGGUAAAUGUCACGAUUACCGACGUUAAUAAUAAACCACCGUACUUUAUCGGACCCACGGCAGUGGCUGUGCGUGAGAACACACCCGUAGGUAUGGAGGUGUACAGGUUGAUGGCUAGCGAUCCGGAUGAUGGAGCAAUGCUGCGGUACUACAUCGACCGUAGUCAAUCGGAGGCAAAAACUGAGGAAGGUGCGUUGGUGAAGCUGGACGACUACGAUUUUGUGGCGGCCUUCGUGCUCAAUGAGACGAACGGUUUGCUGAAGAUAGCAAAGCUAAUAGAUCGUGAGAAAAUUGCAGAAAUCAAGCUAGCCUGUGUGGUGGAAGACGUCGCAGCUGAACGAGGUGAUCAGAUGGCAAACACUUUUCUCAAGAUUACCGUACUCGACGAAAAUGACAACAAUCCAAAGUUCCGCAAGCCGUUCUACAAACACUCAAUUGCGGAAAAUAGUCAGUACGGUGUGGCCGUCUGUACGGUGGUGGCCGAAGAUGCCGAUCAGAACAAAACGAUCAAGUACAGUCUAGAAGGUGACAGAGGUGUGCUGGAUUUGUUGCACGUUGACGACGAAACGGGUGAAAUAGUGGUGCGCAAUCGUAUCGAUCACGAGGAGUACGGUUGGUUAAACUUUUCGGUGCGAGCUGCCGAUACCGGCAGUCCACCGAGGGCAUCCUUUGUGGAGGUGUUUGUGCAGGUGUUGGACGAAAAUGACAACAAUCCGUACUUUGUGGAUAACGUGAACGAUUUCUAUGUGUCGGAGAAUGCUACGGUCGGAACGGAGAUAGCCACCAUACAGGCAAAGGAUCUAGAUUCGGGAGAUUUCGGACGCAUCACGUACAUUCUGGAUCGUGUUAGCUCUAAGGAAAAGUUUAGUAUCGAUCCGGAGAAAGGCAUCCUACGAGUGGCGGGUGCGCUAGAUCGGGAAGAAACUGCCGAGUACAUGAUGGCUGUGGAGGCUUGGGAUAACUAUCCUUACGGAUAUCUGAACGGAGAAAGUCGGAAUGCUUUCAAACACAUUCUAGUGCACGUGGUGGACGAUAACGAUAAUGUACCGGUGAUCCAGAAACCUUCCGGUUGCAGUAUGAUCACGGAGUACCACAACAUUAACGAUCCAAUCGUGAAGCUGCGUGCGACCGAUGCCGACGAUCCAUCGAACGGAAACGGUCAGCUGAGUUUCGACAUUAAUGACGGCUCCGGUAUUUUCUACAUCCAGCAGGUGUCCGCCCAGUAUGCAGAAAUAUACUCCCGUGGUCCUCUGAAGAACCUGCAUGGGAAUUAUACGCUGGAGUUGAUAGUGAGUGAUCUUGGCAAUGUACCAAAUACGGUGCACGAUACGGUUGAGAUCUGCGUGACUGAUUUUAAUGAUCAUGCGCCGGUAUUUGUUGUUCCCAGUGGCAAUACAACUGUGAAGGUGUUUGAGAACACAACGGUCGGCAAGCCCUUCUUCCAAGUGCACGCUUAUGACGAAGAUGUCGGCGAGAACGCGAUCGUCCGCUAUCGACUCAAAAUGGACUCGUUGGGCAAUUAUCGCAAGUUUUCGAUCGAUAAAGAGACGGGUGAACUCAGUCUGGCUGCCACACUCGAUCGAGAGCAGCAGAUGAUGUAUGAUCUGAGGAUCGAAGCGUAUGAUCAGGGUAUACCAACUCCACUUAGCAGUAGCGUUGAUCUGAUCGUUUAUGUACGGGAUGUGAAUGACAAUCAGCCACAGUUUUUGCUCAAAGAAAUCAGUCUCAACUUCACCGAACAUAUGAUACCUGGCGCAGAAAGAAUACGGCUUCCGGAUACCGUGGAUCAGGACUAUCUUGAUCCGCUCGAGGGAUCGACGACAAGUGUGGUUUGCUACUACAUCGUGCAUGGAAACGAGGAUGGACACUUCGUACUGGAUCCAGUGAGCCACGACUUAACGGUUGAGAAAGAGCUUGAUCGUGAAAAUAGAUCACAGUAUAAGCUACACAUCAAGGCAUCCGAGGAGUGUUCUAACACUAGCCUCUCCUCAGAAACGGUUGGACAGGGGACCAAUCUGCUGAAGGCUACCGUAUACAUAAACGACAUCAACGACAACUCACCUGUGUUUGAGUCAAAAAUAUUCACCGGCGGUAUCUCAACGUCAUCCCAGUUCGGUGCAACCAUUCUGCAGCUAAAGGCUAGUGACGCCGACGAUGGAUUGAAUGGACUGAUUCGGUACUAUCGGCACGGUGAGGUGCGGAAAACGCUUGCCGAGGGUUUGGACGAUCUGCGCACCGAUCCGUUCCUGGUCGAUGCGGACACGGGCAAAGUGUUGCUAAACUUUUUCCCGCAAAAGUCGAUGCGAGGUUAUUUUGAUUUCUCGGUGACGGCUAACGACUCGUACGGUUGUCACGAUCGGGCGCACGUGUUUAUCUAUCUCAUACGCGAGGAUCAGCGGGUAAAGUUCAUUCUACGCCAGCGUCCAUCCGAGAUUCGGCACAAUAUAAACAGUUUUCGAGAAAUACUGAGCAAUGUAAGUGGAUGUAUCGUAAAUAUUGAUGAUAUUCGAGUGCACGAGAAUCCGGACGGGUCGGUGGAUCGGACCAAGAGCGACAUGUUCAUGCAUCUGGUCGAUCAGAAGAACAAUUCGGUGCUAGAGGUACAUCAGGUGUUGCAGCUGCUGGACAGACAUGUGGAGAAAUUGGACCGAUUGUUUAAGGUUAGUUUGAGUAAAACACGCCGAAUUAUUUUUUGUUCUUCGGUGCAGGAGUUCAAUGUUCUCGACACGCAGGCGUCCGAACUAAUACAGACGGCAGAAAUGGACGAACUGUCAGUCAACAUUAUAUGGCUGUUUGUAACCAACAUUCUGCUCGGUGCACUGCUGAUCGUAGUGAUAGGACUUUCGAUAUCGCAACGGUUGUCCUACCGGCGACGCCUUAGAGCUGCCAAGAUAGCCGCUUUCGGUUCAUCAGGACCUAGCCGAAUGUAUCAGGAGGUACUCGGCGCUGUACCGAACACGAACAAGCACAGCAUGAAGGGAAGCAACCCGAUCUGGAUCGGUAGCGGCAGUCCGGAGGGUGAAUGGCUUAAGGAUGAGUUUGACAAGUGCAAGGACGCAAUCGAUGCGCAGUACGAGCGGUCGCUAAGUUCGGGCUUCUUCAUCGACAACUGCCUGCAGUACGAGGCACGAAAGGGUCUUGCCGGUGCCGAAGCGAACAACGCCGUCAACUAUCAGAUCAAGCGUGGCAGUGAAUCAACGCUCUGUGCACGCAACUUGGAAACGACCGAACUGUAA